UGUUGUAGAGCAGAGUAGCAAAUGGUUUUUUGAUACUACAAGUAGCAAAUCGGCCAAAGCCACUUGCAUACGUUUUUGGUGUUUUUUGUUUUAAUAAAAUAUAUUUCUAUAUAUAAGAAAAAAAUAAAAAUUUAUAAAAUCAACAAAUCAACAAAGAAAAUUUAGAUAAAACAACAGAUAUAACAAGAUAGACAAAAAAGUGUUUUAAACAAAUUCCAAAAUCAGUUCAUAUUUAAAAUAAAUGUCUGACAUUUCUUGUGAAAUUAGUAGACUCCGCGAAAGGUUCGCAACAGCAGUGCCAGCAGCAGUAACUAAAAUAACUUCAAGAAAAUAUUAAAAAAAAAUUCCAUGUUUUAAGAGAGAAGUUUGACAACUAACAACCCGAAAAUUAAUACAAACAGUUAAAGGAUGGAUAUCGAUAAAGCUUUGGAAAAGUGCGGCAAUUAUGGUCGUUACCAAUUGGUGUUGUUGCUGUUGUAUGGUUACACCAAUCUCUUGUCCUCCAUGCACUAUUUCUCACAGACUCUAAUUUCAUUUACUCCCGAUUACUGGUGUUAUCACGAACAAUUGGAAAAUAAAACAUUUUCGGAAAUUUCCGGAAUUUAUAAGAAUUUUCAAAAUCCUCAUUGUACUCUGCUGGAGUAUAAUGAUGGUGUUUUUGAGAAAGCGGAAGUGGGAGAGUGUCGUAAGUGGUUUUAUAAAAAGGAAAAUGGCUACGAAAGUAUAACCACUGAGCUAAACUGGGUUUGUGACUCAGCUUAUCAGUUAGCGGUGGGUCAAUCGUUUUAUUAUUUGGGUGCUGUAGUGGGUACCAUAACAUUUGGUUUCUUGGCCGAUCGCUUGGGACGUUUACCUGCCAUUGUUUUGAGUACUCUAUCGGGUGGUUUAGGGGACUUUUUAUCCUCCUUUGUCCACAAUGUGGGAAUGUUUGGUUUAAGCCGUUUUAUAUCUGGUUUGUCGACAGAUACCUUUUUCAUGCUCAUGUAUAUAUUGGCAUUUGAAUAUCUCAGUCCCAAGAAACGCACAUUUGGUCUCAAUAUCAUCACAGCCACUUUCUAUUGCACCGGUUGCAUGUUUUCACCCUGGUUUGCUUUAUGGGUUAAAACUUGGCGUUACUAUUUACUAAUAGCCUCACUGCCAGUGCUUUUAGUAUUUUUAUAUCCUGUAUUAACUUGCGAAUCGGCUAGCUGGUUGUUGACCAGGGAAAAAUAUGAUCGUGCUGUAAAGUGUUUAAAACAUGUGGCUAAAUUCAAUGGAAGGCAAGUGGAGGAGAAGGUAUUCGAUGAAUUUGUCGAUUAUUAUAAACAAAAGGCCAUAGAGGAGCAAAAGAUUAAAAAUGAUGACACAUUCUGGGGCAUGUUUAGGACACCACGUCUUAGGAAAUUUACUAUAAUAUUGCUAAUCAAAAGUGUCAUCAUAACCAUGGCUUUUGAUAUUAUAUCACGUAAUAUGGAGGGUUUGGGUACUUCACCCUUUAAACUGUUUUCCUUUUCUUCGGUGGUAUAUGUACCCGCCGGUCUUACCAUAAUAGCCUUUCAAAACAUUAUAGGACGUAAAGGCAUGGCCACCACCUCUUUAUUAGAUGGCAGUAUUAUUACGGCUGUUACUGGCUUUCUUAUAGCCUUCUUAGAUCCCAAAUCAAAUGCUAUUCUUUUAGCCAUAAUGGUGGGUUUGGGACGUUAUGGUGCUGUGGUGGCCUACGAUGCUGAAGUACAAUAUUGUACAGAAAUUGUACCCACCAGUGUGAGGGGACGUGCUGUGGCCAAUAUCCAUGUCUUGGGUUAUGCCUGCAGUUUCCUGAACUCGUAUGUUAUAUACUUGGGCAAUUAUUACAAACCUUUACCCUCAAUUUUCAUAAGUACCAUUAUGUUAAUAGGUGCUGGCCUAUGUCUGUGCCUACCGGAAACUUUAAACAAAAAACUUCCUGAAACUUUAAGUGAUGGUGAGGUCUUUGGUAUUGGAGAGAAAUGGUAUUUCUUUCCUUGUUUUAGUAGGAAACCUAAAGCUGAAGAGCCACCAAUCGAUGAUAAACAUAUUGGUACAAAUACUAUAGAUAUAACGCAUUUAUAAUUUAAUUCAAUAAUUAUAAGUUUUAAUAGAUGUAAAUAGAUGUAGUUUUAAUAGUGAUAAUUAAUAAUUUAAGCCAAAAUAACACUUCCCAGCCAAAUGUAGAUAUAACGAAUAAAAUCUAAAUCUUUAUAUAUAAAAAUUCUAGUACUCUA